AUGACACUUCCUACACUCCCAGAAGAACUUAAAUUUAUUAAUGGUUUCCUUCAAAGAGCCCAAGAAUUACGAAACAGAGAACCGGUUAUAGCUUAUUAUUGUAAUUUUUAUUCUGUAAAACUCGCUCUCGAAAAAGGAACAAAGAGUAAAGAAAGUAAAGCGUUUCUUGCCAGAUUAUUGGAUGUCCUUGAAGAGGAAAAAAAAGCACUUCAUGACAAUGAGGCCGUCACAAAUGAUGUUGUUGGUGAAGCGUAUGUGGAGAAUUUUGGCAUAAAGAUUAAAUUAUAUGUUUUUGGUUUUCUUGAAAUACAAAAAAAAUUAAUUACCAUCAUUCCUAAUAGAAAAACAGCCAAGAACUUUUUGGCGGCCGCUGUCUUUUUAGAGCUUCUCAAAGUAUUUGGACCACUUAACCCAGAAAUCGAAGAAAAAAUCAGAUAUGCAAAAUGGAAAGCGACUGAUAUAGUAAAAGCGUUGAAAGAAGGCCAAACACCGGCGCCUGGUCCUCCUGGAGGUGAACCGGCCUUACAACCACCACUGAAAGAAGAAGAUUACGUUGUUAAUCCAUCUGAUAACGUCCCCAGUAUUGACCAAUUUCCUUCGGCACCUUUGGCGGUUGACUCACCAUCGGUAUCUCAUAUGGAAGAAAAUGGUCUACAAUUAAUACCUGGAUUUACUAAUGACUCCUUACCUCAUCAGCCUCCUUCAUCAUUCCCUAAUAACCCCCCUUCAUCAUUCCCUAAUAACCCCCCUUCAUCACUCCCUAAUAAUCCUCCGCCUCCACCUCCACCUCCAUCAUUGAUACCUGGGCUUACUAAUGACCCUUUACGUCAUCAGAUUCCUUCUUCAUUCCCUAGUAACCCUCCUCCGCUUCCCCCAUCAAUACCUGGGUUUACUAAUGACUCCUUACGUCAUCAGCCACCUUCCUCAUUUCCUAGUAACCCUCCACUUUCCCAAAAUUACGUCCAGCCUUAUAGCUCUCCAAUUUACCAACCAACGACUCCAAGUUCAUUGCCCGCUAAUCAACAUCCGAGUUCAUUGCCUACUAAUCAACAUCCGAGUUCAUUGCCCAUUAAUCAACAGCAUGUUCGCCAUUACACACAAUUCUCGCAUCAUUCAGUUGAAAUCGAUCCUAAUAUUGUAGCUUCAGCUCAGAAACAUUGCAAAUGGGCCAUUAGUGCGUUAAAUUAUAACGAUGUAAAAACUGCCGUGGAAAAUAUGCAUAAAGCAUUGGCAAUGUUGGAACCUUAUAAUCACAAAUAA